AGCUGCCCGCCGCGGGCCCCGCGCCACCCGCCGCAGUCCCCCGUGGCCCCCCGCGGUCCCCAGCCGCCCCGGGCCCGCCACCAUGGGGCCUCGGCUCGGGGUCUGGCUGCUGCUGCUGCUCGCCGCCCUCCUGCUCCACGAGGAGCGCAGCCGAGCCGCUGCGAAGGGUGGUGGUUGUAAUGGCUCCGGCUGUGGAAAAUGUGACUGCCAUGGAGUGAAGGGACAAAAGGGAGAAAGAGGUCUCCCCGGGUUACAAGGUGUCAUUGGGUUUCCUGGAAUGCAAGGACCUGAGGGGCCGCAGGGACCACCAGGACAAAAGGGUGACACUGGAGAGCCAGGACUACCUGGAACAAAAGGGACAAGAGGACCCCCAGGAGCAUCCGGUUACCCUGGAAACCCAGGGCUUCCUGGAAUUCCUGGCCAAGAUGGCCCACCAGGUCCCCCAGGCAUCCCGGGAUGCAACGGCACAAAGGGGGAGAGAGGGCCACUGGGACCUCCUGGUUUACCUGGAUUCGCUGGAAAUCCUGGACCACCGGGGUUGCCAGGAAUGAAGGGGGACCCAGGUGAAAUACUUGGCCACGUGCCUGGGACCCUGCUGAAAGGUGAAAGAGGAUUUCCUGGACCUCCUGGAGCGCCCGGUUCCCCAGGAUUGCCAGGGCUACAAGGUCCCGUCGGCCCUCCAGGAUUUACUGGACCACCAGGCCCCCCGGGUCCUCCUGGCCCCCCAGGUGAAAAGGGACAAAUGGGCUUAAGUUUUCAAGGACCGAAAGGUGACAAGGGUGACCAAGGGGUCAGUGGGCCUCCAGGAGUACCAGGACAAGCUCAAGUUCAAGAAAAAGGAGACUUUGCCACCAAGGGAGAGAAGGGUCAAAAAGGUGAACCUGGAUUUCAGGGAAUGCCAGGAAUUGGAGAGAAAGGUGAACCCGGAAAACCAGGGCCUCGAGGAAAGCCUGGCAAAGAUGGUGAAAAAGGAGAAAGAGGGAGUCCCGGUUUUCCUGGUGAUUCGGGGUACCCAGGGCUCCCCGGCCGGCAGGGUCCUCAGGGAGAAAAAGGUGAAGCAGGUCCUCCGGGCCCACCUGGAAUUGUUAUUGGCACAGGACCUUUGGGAGAGAAAGGAGAGCGGGGCUACCCAGGAGCUCCGGGGCUAAGAGGAGAGCCAGGCCCAAAAGGUUUCCCAGGACUUCAAGGCCAGCCAGGCCCUCCAGGCUUCCCUGUGCCUGGGCAGGUUGGUGCCCCCGGCUUCCCUGGUGAAAGAGGAGAAAAAGGUGACCAAGGAUUUCCAGGAGUAUCUUUGCCAGGACCAAGUGGAAGGGAUGGGACUCCGGGCCCUCCAGGUCCCCCCGGCCCCCCUGGGCAGCCUGGCCACACGAAUGGGAUUGUGGAGUGUCAGCCUGGACCCCCAGGAGAUCAGGGUCCCCCUGGAACUCCAGGGCAGCCGGGCUUGACGGGCGAAGUUGGAGAGAAAGGUCAAAAAGGAGAUAGUUGUCUCAUCUGUGAUACGACAGGACUCCGUGGCCCCCCUGGGCCACAGGGACCCCCAGGAGAAAUAGGUUUCCCGGGACAGCCAGGGGCCAAGGGCGACAGAGGUUUACCUGGCAGGGAUGGUCUUGAAGGAUUGCCUGGCCCGCAAGGCGCACCAGGGCUGAUGGGCCAGCCCGGAGCCAAGGGAGAACCUGGCGAGAUGUAUUUCGACCUGCGGCUCAAGGGUGACAAAGGAGACCCCGGUUUUCCAGGCCAGCCCGGCAUUCCAGGGAGAGCAGGGUCUCCUGGGAGAGACGGCCAUCCGGGUCUUCCCGGGCCCAAAGGCUCCCCGGGCUCCAUAGGAUUGAAAGGAGAACGUGGCCCCCCUGGAGGAGUGGGAUUCCCCGGCAGUCGUGGUGACACCGGCCCCCCUGGGCCUCCAGGAUUUGGUCCUAUCGGCCCCAUUGGUGACAAAGGACAAGUGGGCCUUCCUGGGGGCCCUGGGUCUCCAGGCCUGCCAGGUCCAAAGGGUGAAGCAGGAAGAGUCGUUCCCCUUCCAGGCCCCCCUGGAGCAGAAGGACUUCCGGGAUCCCCAGGUUUCCAAGGGCCUCAAGGUGACCGAGGCUUUCCUGGAACGCCGGGAAGGCCAGGCCUCCCGGGAGAGAAGGGCGCUACAGGCCAGCCAGGGAUUGGAUUUCCAGGGCCCCCUGGCCCCAAAGGUGUUGAUGGCCUACCUGGAGAAGUGGGAGCCCCUGGGAGUCCGGGUCGCCCAGGAUUUAAUGGCUUACCUGGCAGCCCGGGUUUGCAGGGCCAAAAGGGGGAGCCGGGAGUUGGUCUACCAGGACUGAAAGGGUUGCCAGGUCUUCCCGGCAUUCCCGGCACACCCGGGGAGAAGGGGAACAUCGGGGCAUCAGGCGUUCCUGGAGAACACGGAGCAAUUGGCCCCCCUGGGCUGCAGGGAAUCAGAGGUGACCCUGGACCUCCUGGACUGCCGGGCCCUGCAGGAUCUCCAGGAGCUCCAGGAAUAGGCCCCCCCGGAGCUAGGGGCCCCCCUGGAGGACAGGGACCCCCAGGGGCAUCAGGCCCUCCUGGAAUAAAAGGAGAGAAGGGUUUCCCUGGAUUCCCUGGACUCGACAUGCCGGGCCCUAAGGGAGAUAAAGGUGCUCAAGGACUUCCCGGCUUAACAGGACAGUCGGGGCUCCCUGGCCUUCCUGGCCAGCAGGGGACACCUGGAAUCCCCGGGUUUCCAGGUCCCAAGGGAGAGAUGGGCGUCAUGGGGACCCCCGGGCAGCCGGGCUCGCCGGGACCAGCAGGUACUCCAGGAUUACCGGGUGAAAAAGGGGAACACGGCUUCCCAGGUUCCUCGGGACCCAGGGGAGACCCUGGCUUCAAAGGUGACAAGGGGGACGUCGGUCUCCCCGGCAAGCCUGGGUCCAUGGACAAGGUGGACAUGGGCAGCAUGAAGGGACAGAAGGGAGACCAGGGAGAGAAAGGACAAAUUGGACCAGCUGGUGAAAAAGGAUCCCGGGGAGACCCUGGGACCCCAGGAGUGCCUGGAAAGGACGGGCAGGCAGGGCACCCUGGACAGCCAGGACCUAAAGGCGACCCAGGUAUAAGUGGAACCCCAGGUGCCCCCGGACUUCCUGGACCAAAAGGAUCUGUUGGUGGAAUGGGCUUGCCAGGAAGCCCUGGAGAAAAAGGUGUGCCUGGCAUCCCCGGCCUUCAGGGCAUCCCCGGCUUACCUGGAGAGAAAGGCUCAAAGGGAGAGAAAGGGCAGUCAGGCCCUCCUGGCAUUGGCAUUCCUGGGCUGCCCGGGACCAAGGGAGAUCAAGGGGUGGCAGGUUUCCCAGGCAGCCCUGGAGAGAAGGGAGAAAAAGGAAGCACUGGGAUCCCAGGGAUGCCGGGGUCUCCGGGCCCAAAGGGGUCUCCCGGGAGCGUCGGCUAUCCAGGAAGCCCUGGGCUGCCCGGAGAAAAAGGGGACAAAGGCCUCCCGGGACUGGAUGGUGUUCAGGGCGUCAAAGGAGAAGCAGGUCUUCCUGGGAAGCCCGGCCCCACGGGCCCAGCCGGCCAGAGAGGGGAGCGCGGCAGCGACGGAAUCCCGGGGCCGGCGGGAGAGAAGGGUGAACCAGGUCUACCAGGAAGAGGAUUCCCAGGGUUUCCAGGGACCAAAGGAGACAAAGGUUCCAAGGGUGACGUGGGUUUCCCAGGAUUAGCUGGGAGCCCAGGAAUUCCUGGACCCAAAGGAGAACAAGGAUUUAUGGGUCCUCCGGGGCCGCAAGGACAGCCAGGACUGCCUGGUGCUCCGGGACACGCUGUGGAGGGGCCCAAAGGAGAUCGGGGACCCCAGGGACAGCCCGGCCUGCCAGGGCUUCCGGGACCCAUGGGGCCUCAAGGGCUCCCCGGGCUCGAUGGACUGAAAGGCGAAAAAGGACAACCCGGCUGGCCAGGAGCCCCUGGUGUUUCAGGGCCCAAGGGAGACCCAGGAUUCCAGGGCAUGCCUGGUAUCGGUGGCUCUCCAGGAAUCACAGGUUCUAAGGGUGAUAUGGGACCACCAGGAGUUCCAGGAUUUCAAGGUCAGAAAGGUCUUCCUGGCCUGCAGGGAGUGAAAGGAGACCAAGGAGAUCAAGGAAUCCCUGGACCUAAAGGGCUCCCAGGCCCCCCCGGCCCCCCAGGUCCCUACCAAACCAUCAAAGGAGAGCCAGGGCUUCCUGGUCCUGAGGGACCCCCAGGUCUGAAAGGGCUUCAGGGACCGCCGGGCCCUAAAGGACAGCAAGGUGUGACGGGAUCUGUGGGUGUACCUGGACCUCCAGGUAUUCCCGGGUUUGACGGUGCCCCUGGCCAGAAAGGAGAGACAGGACCCUUCGGGCCUCCUGGUCCAAGAGGGCUUCCUGGUCCUCCGGGCCCAGAUGGGUUGCCAGGAUCCAUGGGGCCCCCAGGUACCCCGUCUGUCGAUCACGGCUUCCUCGUGACCAGGCACAGUCAAACAAUAGACGACCCACAGUGCCCCCCCGGGACCAAGAUCCUUUAUCACGGGUACUCUCUGCUCUACGUGCAAGGCAAUGAACGGGCGCACGGCCAGGACUUGGGCACGGCCGGCAGCUGUCUGCGCAAGUUCAGUACGAUGCCCUUCCUGUUCUGCAAUAUCAACAAUGUGUGCAAUUUUGCAUCCCGAAAUGAUUAUUCAUACUGGUUGUCUACUCCUGAGCCCAUGCCAAUGUCUAUGGCACCCAUCACUGGGGACAACAUUAGACCAUUUAUUAGUAGGUGUGCUGUGUGCGAGGCGCCCGCCAUGGUGAUGGCUGUGCACAGUCAGACCAUUCAGAUCCCACCGUGCCCCUCUGGGUGGUCAUCGCUGUGGAUUGGCUACUCCUUUGUGAUGCACACCAGCGCCGGUGCCGAAGGUUCUGGCCAAGCCCUCGCGUCCCCGGGGUCCUGUCUGGAAGAGUUCAGAAGUGCACCAUUCAUCGAGUGCCAUGGCCGUGGGACUUGCAAUUACUAUGCAAAUGCUUACAGCUUCUGGCUUGCCACUAUAGAGAGAAGUGAUAUGUUCAAGAAGCCCACGCCGUCCACCUUGAAGGCAGGGGAGCUGCGCACGCACGUCAGCCGCUGCCAAGUCUGUAUGAGAAGAACAUAAUGGAGCCUGACUCCCAGCUAACGUCAACAUGGUGCUACUCUUCUUCUUCUUCUUUUUAACAGCAACGAACCCUAGAAAUAUAUCCUGUGUACCUCACUGUCCAAUAUGAAACCAUAAAGUGCCUUAUAGGAAUUUGCGUAACUAACACCCCCUGCUUCAUUGGCCUCUACUUGCUGAAGGAGGAAAAAAAAAAAAAAAGACAUGGAUAAGCUUUCAAUAGUGGCAUACCAAACGGCACUUUUGAUGUAAUAAAAUAUAAAUAUGUUCUGCAAUCCGGUGCACUGAGGCGUGAAGUGAGAACUCCAUUGAGAAACCAAAGGGUGCUAGGAGGGGUGUGGCGCCUCCCACACUGUCUGCCCAUUUUCAUUCUUGUAUUAUAAUUAAUUUUUCACCCCCAGAGAUAAAUGUUUGUUUAUAUCAUUGUCUAGCUAUUUCAAAAUUCAGGUCCCUUGGUCUGUACAAAUAGUAGUAAUGUAAAAACAGUUUUUUGAACCUCCAAAUGGAAUUGCGGACUCAGUAGACUAUCUUCCACCCCCAAAUAUGUCUCUCUGCUCUGCGUGGUCCUCUGCAGCUGCUUUGGCAAAAGUCACAACUUUCCUGUGGAAUAAAGAUGGUCCAAAGGUAGUCAGAAAUUAAAUAUAUAUAUAUAUAUUAGUAAUUUAUAUAGAUGUCAGCAAUUAGGCAGAUCAAGGUUUAGUUUAAUUUCCACUGUUAAAAUAAAGCUUACAUAGUUUUUUUUUCCUUUAAAAGACUGUACUGUCCUUUAACAUAGGCUUUUAAACACUAGGAUGUUGAAUGUGAAACGUUAGUUUUCAUUGUUCACUUCUAAACCAAAAAUUAUGUAUUGCCAAAACCAAACCCAGGUUCAUGAAUAUGGUGUCUAUUAUACUGAAACAUGUACUUUGAGCUUAUUGUUUUUAUUCUGUAUUAAAUAUUUUCAGGGUUUUAAACACUAAUCACAAACUGAAUGACUUGACUUCAAAACAACCACCUUAAAGGCCUUCAUGUCAUUAGUAUUCCUCAUUCUACAUCCUGACUUGAAAAACAGCUCUGUUGAAUCAAAAUGUCAGUAUUUUUACACAUAAGCACAUUCAGGCCACUUCCUUGGUUUCUCAUGAGCUGUGUUCACAGACUGCAGCAGGGGAACGGAUGGAUGCCAGGAGGGCAGAUUUGGACCACUGUGCCUGAAAUGACAUUUCCCUAUAGGUCUCCAAAACGUUUUUAAGACUACUAAGGCCUUUUAUGUAAUUUCUUUAAAUGUGUAUUUCUUAAGAAUUCAAAUUUGUAAUAAAACUAUUUGUAUAAAAAUUAAGCUUUUAUUAAUUUGUUGCUACUAUUGCCACAGAAGCUUUAAAAGAAAAGUUACUGCAUAAGCCACUAAUAAAUGCGUAAGCUUUGCGUACCUUA